UGACAAGAUCGCGAUCUUCAAGGCGCGGCACGGGGUUCUGUAACUUUCGGACGUGGGCGUUUGUGAUAUGUUCGGCAUUCUACGAGAUACCAUGAAGCGAUUUCUGUAAGCGUUGAUAGGCUAGGAUAUGGUAUUGGCUAGAUUGAAUGAAGCGUAGAGUAGCAGUAUAUCUACCAUAGGAGGGAGGAGCGGUCACGUGCCGGGCGGUCAGCCAAGCUCAGCCAAGCUCAGCCUCUGAGCCGCCAUCGCCAAACGACCUCCUCUCGAGAAACUGUCUGAGCCGGCUGUGUCGACUCGCCCACGUAUCUGUCGUUUUCUCUUCGCGUAAACCACCACCAUGAAGCUCGUCCGGUUUCUGAUGAAGUGCGCCAACGAGACGGUGACCAUCGAGUUGAAGAAUGGCACCAUCCUCCACGGCACCAUCACCUCCGUCUCCCCUCAGAUGAACACCUCCCUCCGCACGGUCAAAAUGACCCCCAAGGGCCGCGACCCCAUCUCCCUCGACACCAUCAACAUCCGCGGCUCGACAAUCCGUUACUACAUCCUCCCCGAUAGUCUGCCCCUGGACACGCUGCUGAUUGACGAUACACCUAAGCCGAAGAACAAGGCGCGCAAGGAAGCGGACCGCGGAGGUCGGGGUGGUCGCGGCGGGCCUCGUGGUAGAGGUCGUGGUCGUGGUCGUGGCCGGGGCCGUGGAUUCUAAGCGGGGGGAAUUUACAUUGCGUGGCUUGGCUUUUUAUUGAGGAUCGGAGUUUUUUUUCUUCGUUACUGUUGCUUGUUAUGGCUGGGUGGGUUGGGGAUUAGGCUGAAAGUAUUUAUUCCCUACGUUUAUCUGGCUGAGGAGGUAUGCAUAGAUGGCCUCCAGCACGUCCACCUAUCUAAGUGGAGUCAUCGAAAGGAUGAGAGAUG